UUAAACUAAGAUUCAGGUGUCGUUUGUUUUUGGACUGCCGAAAAUCCAAGAAAAAUGAUAAGGUGAACAUUUAAUUAAAGUGGUUUUUGAGUGAUUUUGAUUUGCUCAGUAAUUUACCUCCAGAACAUCGCUUCGAUUAUUAAAUUCAGGUUCUGGAAUCGCCGGCAAGAUGACUACUCUAGUACACAGCCUGAUACACGGCUACCAUGACCUCAUGGACAAUAAAAGUGAUCCCAGAGUGAGCGACUGGGCGAUGAUGAGCUCCCCGUUCCCCACACUGGCCAUAUGCCUUUUCUACGCUUACUUCUCCAAGGUGCUCGGCCCUCGACUGAUGGAGAACAGAAAACCCUUCAGCCUAAGACGAGUCCUCAUCGUCUACAACUUUUUACAAACAGUGUUCAGUUCCUGGAUAUUCUACGAGUACCUGAUGUCAGGGUGGUUCGGACACUACAGUUUCCGGUGCCAACCUGUCGACUAUUCCAACAGCCCCAUGGCUUUGAGGAUGGCCAGAACAUGUUGGUGGUACUACUUCUCUAAAUUCACAGAAUUCUUUGACACCUUGUUCUUCAUUUUGCGCAAGAAGAAUGAGCAUGUGUCCACACUGCAUGUGGUCCACCACGGGUGCAUGCCUAUGAGCGUGUGGAUGGGCAUGAAGUUUGCUCCAGGUGGUCACAGCACCUUCUUCGCCCUACUCAACACCUUUGUCCACAUAAUCAUGUACUUCUACUACAUGGUGGCCGCCAUGGGACCACAGUACCAGAAAUACAUCUGGUGGAAGAAGUACCUCACAUCCAUGCAGAUGGUACAGUUUGUGAUGAUCUUCGCACAUCAGUUCCAACUGUUGUUCACUGACUGCAACUACCCCAAGAGUUUCAUGGUGUGGAUCGGACUCCAUGGUGUCAUGUUCCUCUUCCUCUUCUCUGACUUUUACAAGACUCGCUACUCAAACGGCAAGAGGCCACCCAAGAACGAUGGAGCUUGUAUGCCUGUACUGAAAGACAAAGAGGAGAAGGUAGCCAAUGGCAAAACAGCAUACACCAACGACUACUCGGCUCUCUACUCUAGCUGCUACUCCAACGGGAUCAACAACGGCUACAUGUCGAGUCACGCGCCGGCCAAUCAGGACGAAGAGAGUAGAAAAGUCAAGUAGCACCGGAGCUCCCGCUCCUACUGUUGUUAUACAUCAAAGAUGUUCAUGCCAUUUUUGUAUUUUUACAAAAUGUGUUAGUUUAAGACCGCCAAUAACAUUUGGUUCACAAAUGUUUUUACGGUCUUGCUUGUUGUUUAUAUGUAUAUUUUCAUUCUUUUAAGUGUUUAUCGAGUCAUCACUUACUUAAUUUGUCUGGGAAUGUGAAUUGAGGAGUCAAAAAAGUUUGAUUUAUUUGAAAUAAUAGAAGUUUUUAUGAUUGCCACUUUAUUUGAAUUCUUGACUAAAAUAAUCAUGACACAAUAUCUUGUUUCAAAUGUAUUUGUGGUAAAGUCACCAAACUUCAAUAAUAAUUAUUUUCGAUUUGAUAAAUUUAAGUUACAGUUAAGCUUAAUAUCUCUUAAUAUCACUGUAAUUUUAAAUUUUAUCAAACUUAACUUACAUUACCAGACACUGAGAAUUUCUAAGUGCUGAACGCUUCUGACAAAUUUCAUUAGUCAGAAUUGUCCAUGAUUUAUGUUUAGGCAUUCUGUUUGAAAUAAAAUGUUACAAAAAAUAUUUUGUUUCAUUGCAGAUUUAAUAACAAAAAGAUAUUCUUUAUAAAGUCCAACUACAUUCAAAAACAUGUUAAAUAAUGGCUCCUCACACUGAAUGAUACCAUUCAAUCUGUAUUGUAUAUUUUUAGGUUAUUAUAAAUGUACAUUUAUAAAAAACUUAGUCAUUAGUAAAAAACCUAUAGAUAUAGGAUUCAUGGAUUUUAAUAUUGACAUGUUCUUGAAGAACCGAUUCAAACUAUCGCAAAUACUUGUGUAAUCUAUUUACAUUCGGUAGCAACCAUAUUAUUUCGGAUAUAUAGAAUUUGAAUUAAACUAAAAGUCCUUGCAAACAAAAUCAGAAAUAGUCACUGUUUUUAUUGGUGAUAUCCACUGAUUAUGUUACCCAUUAAGUUUACUUUAAGUGUUUUCCACAUUAUUAUUUCUUCAGCUACAUAUAGCUUUAACUAUUUAAAAAAUACUUAGUCAAUAAAAAUGUGUUAGAGAAAUAUAAAAAUGUAUUGGCUAGGUUUAAAUUUCACGAUAUUCACAGAAACCCAUUAUCUAAAACCAUUAGUUAUCCACUCAACUAUGACCUACAUAACUGAAACUAUUUGAAGUUUUAGUCUAAUUAUCUUAUUUUCAUUAAAUGAAUAACGUUACGUAAUGUAUUCUAAAGAGUUUUAACAUACUUGUUAGGGAGCCUGGAAGGUUAUCCAGUAUGAUGUCUAUGUAAAUACUGUGUGUAUAGCGUACCGUAUGUCGUAUGUCAUAAGUGUUAGCCGAGUUGGAGUGGUCGAGCUUUCUAUGUGGGUUAGAGUAAGAUAUGAAUGUACUGACGCUUUACGCUUAUAAGUGGAAUCAGCUAAGUUACCCGUUGACUCGUGAGGUCCAAGAUCAAAUCAGUGAUACUCCACUAUCAUUUUUCGUAUGUGAAUGGCAUUUUGUGCUUUUUGGUUGAUUUGGUGUAAACAUGUUUUACCACUAUGGGUUUUAUCCAUAGUGUUACAACAUAGUUAUUCGAGGUUUUUUAUCGUUUAAAGUUUGUCUGUAAAGUUUAAACUUUUCUAACAAAAAAUUUAACUACCUUACUUUUAGCUUUAUAAAAUGUUGAAUUAUUACUUUUGUUUUAGAAAUCAUUUGGGAAACUAAACUGAAGCACAAACCGUCAAUAAAUUCAAGUAAUACAAAAAUUCAUUCAGCUAUUUCAUCCAAAACAUUUAUAUUGGAGGACAGUUUAAUUUGUUAAGUUAUUGCCUUACGAAAUAGUUUCAAGCGAAAGUGUUACUUUACAACCAAGUGUACAAAUUGUCUAAUGUUCUUCAACGAUUUGUUUUUUACUAAACACUAUUUAUUAAAAUGAUGUUUGUAUA